AUGCUCUCGCGCAUGUUGAAAACUUUUCGAAAGCAUCGCAAAAGUCCAUUAAGGAAGUAUUCUAAAUUUUCGGAAACUAAGCAUAAUAUUGUGACCAAAAGACCAUUGCCAAAAGUUUCAAAUCUUCCCAAUAAAAGUUUUGAGAUAUUGAAGCAAGUUACUGUUUCCAAAAGAGAUAAACCUCAUUCAAAUGGAUCCAAAAGAGAUAAGCCUCAUUCGAAUAAAUCCAAAAGAUAUAAACCUCUUUCAAAUAAAUCCAAAAAAUAUAAACCUCUUUCAAAUGGAUUCAAAAGAGAUAAACCUCUUUCUUCAAAUGGAUCCAAAAGAGAUAAACCUCUUUCUUCAAAUGGAUCCAAAAGAGAUAAACCUCUUUCUUGGAUCCAAAGAGAUGGAUGGAUCCAAAGAGAUAAACUUCUUCAAAUGGAUCCAAAAGAGAUAAACCUCUUUCUUCAAAUGGAUCCAAAAGAGAUAAACUUCUUCCAAAUGGAUCCAAAAGAAAUAAACCUCUUUCAAAUGGAUCCAAAAGAGAUAAACCUCUUUCAAAUGGAUCCAAAAGAGAUAAACCUCUUUCAAAUGGAUCCAAAAGAGAUAAACCUCUUUCAAAUGGAUCCAAAAGAGAUAAACCUCUUUCAAAUGGAUCCAAAAGAGAUAAACUCUUUCAAAUGGAUCCAAAAGAGAUAA